AUGGUAGAACGCAUUGCUGAGUUAACCAGGACUACCACAACGGACAUACACGACCUCAUCGAUGAGGGCAACAAGGCACGAACUGUGGCCGCCACCAACAUGAACGAGACGAGCUUUCGCUCCCAUGCCGUCUUCACCAUCUUCUUUGCACAGCGUCGCCACGACAUGAAGACCGACUCGACCACCAAGAAGGUCUUCAAGAUCACCCUGGUGGAUCUGGCCGGCUCCGAGCGAGCCGAUUCGACUGGUGCGAAAGGCACCCGCUUGAAGGAGGGAGCCAACAUCAACAAAUCCCUGACCACCCUGGGAAAAGUCAUCUCCGCUCUGGCGGAAGUCGCAUCCAAGAAGAAACACAACAAGAAGGCCGACUUUAUAUCCUACCGCGACUCGGCCCUGACUUGGUUGCUGCGCGAGAAUCUGGGAGGAAACUCGAAGACGGCCAUGAUAGCGGCCAUCUCACCGGCGGACAUAAACUAUGACGAAACCAUAAGCACACUGCGGAAUGCGGAUCGGGCCAAGCAGAUCGUGUGCAAGGCUGUGGUCAACGAGGAUGCCAAUGCGAAGCAUAUCCGCGAACUUAAGGAGGAGAUACAGAAGCUGCGCGAUCUCCUGAAGGCCGAAGGCAUCGAAGUGCAGGAAGGACCCGAUGGCAAGGUGGUGUGCGAGAAGCGCGAUUCGAAUAAGGAUGAGCUGAACAAGUCGACGACGGGUAUCAAGUCGCCCUCGAAGUCUCGUAAUCGCAAUGGCUCCACCACGGAAAUGGCCGUGGAUCAGCUGCAGGCCAGCGAGAAGCUCAUCGCAGAACUCAAUGAAACCUGGGAGGAGAAGCUGAAGCGCACCGAGGAGAUACGCCUGCAGCGCGAGGCGGUCUUUGCCGAGAUGGGGGUGGCCGUCAAGGAGGAUGGCAUCACCGUGGGUGUGUUCUCGCACAAGAAGACGCCGCAUCUGGUGAACCUGAACGAGGACCCCAAUCUGUCCGAGUGCCUGCUGUACUACAUCAAGGAUGGGCUAACCCGCCUGGGCACCCACGAGGCCAAUGUGCCGCAGGACAUCCAGCUGUCGGGGUCGCACAUCCUCAAGGAGCACUGCACCUUCGAGAACCGCAAAAGCACUGUGACCCUGCUGCCUCACAAGGAUGCCAUCAUCUUUGUGAACGGACGCCAGCUGGUUGAACCGGAGGUGCUGAAGACCGGCUCGCGUGUCAUCCUGGGCAAGAAUCACGUUUUCCGCUUCACCAAUCCGGAGCAGGCUCGCGAGCUGCGCGAGAAGAUCACCGAAAACGAGGCCGAGAACGAGGUGGAGAAGGCCGACGCCCCGCAGGUCGACUGGAACUUUGCCCAGUGCGAGCUGCUCGAGAAGCAGGGCAUCGACCUGAAGGCCGAGAUAAAGAAGCGGCUAGACAAUCUCGAGGAGCAGUACAAGCGCGAGAAGAUGCAGGCCGACCAGCAGUUUGAGGAGCAGCGGAAGACCUACGAGGCCCGCAUCGAUGCUCUGCAGAAGCAGGUCGAGGAGCAGUCCAUGACCAUGUCCAUGUACAGCAGCUACUCUCCAGAUGAUUUCCACCAAGAGGAGGACGUCUACAGUGAGUGAACCACACGCAUAUUAUGUGGCUAAA